UCUCUUUCUUUCUCCCUUCCUUCCUUCCUUUUCCCACUAUAUAUACAUACAUACUCUAGUACAAGAGCACCAAUCUGGAUCAAAAACCAAGAAAUGGGAUCAAAUCUGUUUAUUAUCUCAUUAUUGUACUUGUCAUUGUUUUUGUUUUUUUAUCAAAUAAAUGCCACUUCUUUUCUUAAUUCUUCAAAGGCUAAUUCCUGCAAUUUCUUCAGAGGCAAAUGGGUCUAUGAUCCAUCAUACCCUCUUUACAACCCUUCUACUUGUCCUUUCAUGGAUCCGGAAUUCGAUUGUAUCAAGUACGGGCGACCCGAUAGAUCUUAUCUCAAGUACAGAUGGCAGCCUUUCGGCUGCAACCUUCCUAGGUUUAAUGGGGCAGAGAUGUUACUGAAAUGGAGGGGGAAGAAGAUAAUGUUUGUGGGUGACUCACUGAGUUAUAACAUGUGGAUCUCACUGAGUUGCAUGAUUCAUUCUUGGGUGCCUAAUGCUAAGUAUAAACUUGUUAAGACUCGAAAUGUUCUUACCGAUCUUACCUUUCAGGGUUACGGAUUAAAAUUAUCACUAUACCAUACACCAAGUAUAGUCGAUAUUGUAAACGAAAAUGGAAAACGUGUACUGAAACUAGAUUCGAUCCGUCAAGGGAACAUGUGGAAGGGAGCGAAUGUGUUAAUUUUUAACUCCUGGCAUUGGUGGACUCACACCGGGGGUGACCAACCGUGGGAUUACAUAGGAGAAGGGGGGAAACUUUACAACGAUAUGAACAGACUAGUGGCGUAUUAUAAAGGGAUGACAACGUGGUCAAGAUGGGUCAAUCGUUUUGUUGACCCAUCAAAAACCAAAGUUGUCUUUCAAGGCAUUUCACCGGUCCAUUUUGAGGGUUGGGAGUGGAAUGAGCCAUCAAAAACAUGCAAGAGUGAAACUCAACCAUUUUUCGGUUUAAGGUAUCCGGGGGGCACACCACUAGCUUCAGUAGUAAUCAAUAAAGUGUUUGCGAGACUCAAGAAACCAGUCUACUUGCUUGACAUCACCACACUUUCUCAAUACAGAAAGGAUGCUCACCCAACAUACUAUAGUGGCAACCACAUCGGUCUAGAUUGUAGCCAUUGGUGUCUGCCGGGUUUGCCAGAUACUUGGAACAUACUUCUUUAUGCGGCUCUCUCCGGCUAAGUUGGAGAGACCACUGAUUUUAGAAUAGAAUUUCUUUGUAUACGAACAAAUAAUACAAAGACGUCCCUAAACCAACUUACCAUGAUUUCAUAUUAAAAACAUGGUACGGUUGUUUGGGAUGUGUAUGAUCCGUUUGUUUACUUAGGAUUCGUCGUAUUAGGGUGUGUGAUUUAUUGUUAAUUAUUAGUCAUAGUCUCGAUGGCUACAUUAGUUUCCAAUUUUUAUAGAUUUUGGUUCGUAAUUGUUGUGUAAUAAAAGAGAGCACAAUGAUGAUUCAUUUGUAAUAUCUUUGACAUUUGAUUGCAA